UCACUCUCUCCCCUCCCCCCCUAAAAGUGCCGUGCUGCAUAUGGCGGCGCGGAGUUGCUGUGUGCUGUUGGGUAUGCUGUGAAGUAAGUGGGAUUCCAUCUGAAGUCGAGGUAUAAAGAGAACAAAAACAAACGAAAACGCUGCUCAACCUAACGACGUAAAAACUAAAGAAAAAAGUAAAAAAUUUCCACCGCGCCAAGAAAGAUACCAAAGAAACCGAGCAGAGAACAACUACAAGGGAACGUAAAAAUUGUAAUCUUUAAGACGAAUCAAGUUUGAAUCCAGCGUCGCCAAGUUUGUACCUACUCAACAGCUUCGAAUCGGCACUCUGACUGCUGCAGUCUACACAACCUCUUUUAACAAAAAAAACAACAACCAACAACCGAGCAGCCGCUGUGGUGGUACGCUGUGGUGGUACGUGUGUGCCAGCGCGUGCCGUGUACCCCACCGCGCACCGCCGCGUGAGCCCAACAGCUGUCGCGCGCGGCCUCCUCAAAAUCACAAGCAAGCAAGCAAAGCAAAGUGACGAAACGUGCACCUCUUUACGAAGAUACCUUCAACUGCAAUUUACGAUACGAGUAAAAAUAUAACGCGAGCAAGUCGGCACGGUUGUGACGAUGGCCGACGCUUGGAAGGGUUUCUCUUCCACGGCCGAGUUCCCCGUGUCCCUCUGCCCCUUGGAGUGCGUGGGUCCUGAUGGCGGUGGCAGUGGUGGUGGUGGCGGCGGCGUUGGUGGUGGGUGCCCCGUGCCAGUCCGCGCGUCCCACGCUCUGGGCGUCUCCCCGUCGCACCGCUCCGCCUCCCGUGCACAUCCGUCCUCCAGCCAGCAUCCUGCUCAGCGCAGACGCAAGCCACUGUACCAGCGCUCAAUGAGCUACGACGCGAGCCUGUUGAACGGGGACGGCGUGACGGUGGGCCCGGUGUUGCGCGAGACCGGCUGCGUCGAGAAGCUGAUGCAAUCCUACGGCUUUGUCAAGUGCUACGAGCGACAGGCGCGCCUCUUCUUCCACUACUCGCAGUUCCGCGGACACGUGCAGGACCUCAAGGUCGGAGACGACGUGGAGUUCGAGGUGUCCACCGACCGCAAGACAGGCAAGCCCAUCGCCGUCAACCUGCUCAAGGUGAAGCCACCAGUCAAUUCGUUCGAGAUGCCCACGGAGGAACGCAUCGUGGGGCAGGUGGUGGCAGCCAUCCCGUCCGUCGGGGGCAAGGAAGGGUGCGGUGUCGGCGCGCUGCACAAGGGCAGCGUUUGCUAUGAGCGCAACGGGGGAAAAACCGGAGGACCCGGAGAAAAGUCUACGCGACCACUGGGAGAGAGAGAGAGACACGCAAACUCCAGAUAUACAGCAGCAGGCGUCAGGGUCGGGAGCGAACCCACGCCCUCCUGCAUACCCGGCGAGGAGGUGUUCUACCUGAACUUCUCGUGCGACGACGUGGAGGACGCCAUCGAUAUGGAAGUGGGAGAUAAGGUCUCCUUCACCGUGGCCACGAACAAGCCCGUGGGGAGCAGCGGGUUCAUGAGCGCCAGCGGCGUGAAGCUCAUGGAGCGCAAGCGCCCCGACCGCUUCCAGGGCGUCGUGUGCGCCAUGAAGGAGACGUUUGGAUUCAUCGAGCGCGGGGACCAGGUGAAGGAGAUCUUCUUCCACUACAGCGAGUACAAGGGCAACCUGGAGACCCUGCAGCCUGGGGACGACGUGGAGUUCAGCAUCCAGGAUCGCAACAACAAGGAGGUGGCGACGGACAUCCGACUGCUGCCGGAGGGCACGGUGAUCUUCGAGGACAUCAGCAUCGAGCGCUUCAAGGGCGAGGUGCUGUGCGUGCUGCCCAAGGCGCCCAGCAAGAACCUGUCUGACCCGCUGCCGGGCCGGAUCCACAUGGAGUUCCCGACGGCGCGGGACCUCCCGUACGGCGAGAAGGACACGCGCACCAAGGUGACGCUGCUGCCGGGGGACCAGGUGGAGUUCAGCAUCUCGACGGACCGGCGCGACGGGCUGGAGCGUGCCACCACCAUCACCUUGAUGUCAGAGACCUUCACCGCCUCCGACGAAAAGAGAGAAGUGGGCGUGGUGGCGGCCCUCCGCGACGGCUUUGGCUUCAUCAAGUGCGUGGAGCGGGAGCAGCGCAUGUUCUUCCACUACAGCGAGGUGAUGGACGACCCGCAAGCCCUGCGCAUCUCCGACGAAGUCGAGUUCACCGUCAUCCCGGUACGCACGGGCGAGCGGGCGGGCGGGCAGGACGCGAUGCUGCCGCAACGGAACCACGCGGUGCGGAUCCGGCGCCUGCCCAAGGGCUCGGUGUCGUUCAGCACCCGCCUGGACGAGCGCUACGUGGGGGUCGUGGAGCGCGAGGCCAUCGGAGCCGCCCCCAGCCCCUCCAAGGCCAAGGAGAAGGACCAGGAGCCGGGGAUCAUCGCUUACGAGGAGGAGGAGGAGGGUGAGAAGAUGACCAUCUCGUACCUGUGCAAGGACGUGGAGGGACGCGGAGCGCCCAAAGUCGGCGACAAGGUGGAGUUCAGCAUCGCGGAGGUGAAGAGGAGCGGGCAACGCAGCGCCGCCUGUGUCCGGGUGCUGAGCCGCCUCACCAGUGGCGGCUUGGGCAACAGCAGCAGCGGCGGCGCAGGUGUCACCAUCUCCGGUGGCGGCGGCGGCGGUGGCGGUGGCAAGCGGCAGGUGGGCUUCAUCGCCACGCUCAAGGACAACUUCGGCUUCAUCGAGAACAUCCAGCACAACGCCGAGAUCUUCUUCCACUACAGCGAGUACAACGGCGACGUGGACUUGCUGGAGGUGGGCGACGCCGUGGAGUACUCGCUGUCCAAGACCAAGGCGAACAAGACGAGCGCUGACAAGGUGUCCAAGAUCACCAGCGGAAACGUACCCAAGGACGACGUGCAGCCGACGAUUUACCUGGGCAAGGUGGCCCGGCCUCUCCGCAGCGUCGAUCCCCAGCAGGCCGAAUACCAGGGGCUGGUGGAGGUCACCGAGGACUGUGCCCUGAAGGGCGACACUUUCCCGUACGGCGUGGUGGGGCUGGCAAGCCGCUGCGAGUACCUGCAGAAGGGCGAGAACGUCAAGUUCCAGCUGUGCACCGUCACGGCCACUGGGGGGGCGCUCAUGGCCUGCAACAUCACGCCCAUGCGCAAGCUCGAGAGGGCCUACAUCGACUCGGUCAAGAGUGAGUUUGGCUUCAUCGCGUACGAGGUCGGCGACAGCAAGAAGCUCUUCUUCCACGUGAGCGAGGUGCUGGACGGCCUCGAGCUGAUGCCCAACGACGAGGUGGAGUUCCACGUCGUCUUCAACCCGCGCACCAGCAAGAGCAGUGCCUGCAACGUGCGCCGCAUCGGCGAGGCGUCGAAGAUGACUCCGUCCCCGCGGCCAGAGCGUCUGGUGAGCCGUCUCAAGAGCCUCACCCUGGACGACAACAGCGCCCCGCGCCUCACCGUCACGCGACAGCCUCGCGGCCCAGACAGCACCAAGGGCUUCACCGUGGAGCGAGUGCUGCGUCAGGUCGGGGUGGCCGAGUAAAGUGGUGCCGGGCGAGCGAGGAGCGGCGGCGGCGGCGUAGACUCGCGACGCGUCGGGGGGGGUGGGACAGCCGCCGCGUGUCUGACCCCCGUGUGUCCGACCCCCGUCGUCGGCGCCGGCGCAUGCCGCCGCUAACCGCUCAACCGCACGCUCAGCCACGGCUCUGCCGGGCCCCUGCCGCCCCCCCGUGUUUAUAACGCAGCCGGCCCCACGCGCCACGUGCUCAUCAGCUCUCUCUCUCUCGUUGCCCCGUCAGCUGCAAUAGGCCACCCGUGCCGCAUCGCACCACUCCCGACCACCAUCCUCCUCAACCCCCCCUCCCCUACGGCAUUGUCACCCUGCCCAGCUCGCCCAGCUCCAUCCGGUCACCUUUGCCUUGCCUGACCCCCCUCCCGCAUGUCCCUGGGCCCUCAGUGGUCUGUCUGUCUCUCUGCCUGUGCGUGCGAGGAUGUGUGUGUGUGUGUGCCUUCAUGCGUCCGUGCGCGUGUGUGUCCAUGUUUCUCUGUGUGGCUAUCCACGUAGGUGGUAUCUGUGUGCCGUUUUUCGGCUUGUGUGUCAGUGUGGUUUCAGAUGUGUGACCUUGUGUGUGUGCGCGCGCGCGCAUCUGCUUUUUUGUGUCGGGAGGUGUUUGCGUGCGUGUGUGUCAGUGGUGGGCAGCGGUUAGCGCAACGCUGCGCUACGAACCCGGCGACCCGCUCUCACGGCCACCAACAUCGGUGACGAUUAUCUGAACCGAUCCUGGUCCUCCCCUUGGUCGACUCGGCCUCAAAUGAGUACCUGGGUGCGGUGUGUAGUAAACAUCGCCACUGGGGAGACAAAGCGUGGCCUCAACAUCGUACUGGCCACCCUGGACCCCCCCCCCCCCUCCUGUGCUGUGCCGGCCUUCAAUAGGUGCUGCUGCUACUCCGCUAACAGCGCCUGCCCUGUAGAGUCUGUGUGUGGUGGGGGCGAGGAUCUGUGUGGUGCGUGUGUGUGUGCACCUGCCUGAGUGUGUGUGUGGUAUCCGGGUGCACGUGUGUGUCGCCAUCAUCAGCUCGGAGAAGAUUUGCCGCUGCUUUGUUAUUUUUGGUU